AUGACGAACACGGCGGCGACAUCGGAGGCGAAAACGGCGGCUGAGCCACCGAGGAUAGUGUGGAACGAUGAGAAACGGCGAUUCGAGACGGAGGAUCACGAAGCUUUCAUCGAGUACAAGAUGAGAAACAACGGGAAAGUGAUGGAUCUGGUCCAUACCUACGUUCCUUCAACCAAACGAGGGUUAGGUUUAGCUUCGCAUCUCUGCGUCGCCGCCUUCGAACACGCCUCCUCUCACUCAAUCUCAGUCAUCCCUUCCUGUUCCUACGUUUCGGAUACAUUUCUUCCUCGAAACCCGUCGUGGAAGCCUCUGGUUUAUUCAGAGGAACUCAAGUCUAGCAUCUGA